CCACCAAGAACAGACAAUUGGAAACGCCUCAGAGUGCACUCCCGCAUAGAAAAACACUCGCGCGCUGCAAGAGUGAGCGUAAGCUAGAGCCUAGAGAGAUCGAUAUUGGUAGUGAUAUUCGAUCGAUCAUGGCGUGGAGAGAAAGCUACUUGGACCUGGUGCUGAUCCCAGUGGGGCUCCUCUUCCCGAUCGUCUACCACCUGUGGCUGUGGCGCUCCGUGCACCGCUACCCGCUCCACUCGACCAUCGGCAUCGGCGCGGCCGCGCGCCGCAUCUGGGUGCUGUCCAUGAUGAAGGACAACGAGAAGAAGUCGACGCUGGUGGUGCAGUCGAUGCGGAACGUGAUCAUGGGCUCCACGUUGGUGGCCACCACCUCCAUCCUCUUCUGCACCGGCGUGGCCGCCGUGCUGAGCAGCACCUACGCCGUCAAGAAGCCCAUCAGCGACGCCGUCUUCGGCGCGCACGGCGAGUACAUGAUGGCGCUCAAGUACGUGGCCCUCCUCACCACGUUCCUCCUCUCCUUCCUCUGCCACUCCCUCGCCAUCUGCUCCCUCAACCAGGCCACCUUCCUCGUCAACGCCUUUUCCCAGUUCUUCGCCCUCCCCGACGGCGGCCGCCACCUGCCGGUGAACAAGGAGUACAUCGUGGAUGUCCUGGACAGGGGGUUCCUGCUCAACUUCGUCGGGAACCGGCUCUUCUACGGCGGCGUCCCGCUCCUGCUCUGGAUCUUCGGGCCCGUGCUGGCGUGCCUGUGCUCCAUGGUCAUGAUCCCGAUACUCUACAACCUCGACACGGUGUACAUCCAGAGAGGAAAAGGCGGCGAGGUCAGUGACAGAGUGGAGAUGAGUGAUGUUGACAGUGACGACGGCAUGCAAGUUUGAUCUGAAAACUGAAAUUGUGGAGGGCAGUGACAGAAUGGAGAUCGCCGUGCAGCAAGAAAGAAGCAAAAAACUUUCCUCGUUUGGAACGCUUGACUAGUUUCAUUUGACCGUAGUCAAUGAACCGAUUCUCGUUACCCGCAAAAAAAAAAUGAACCGAUUCUCGUGAAAUUUCAACAGAAUUUGAGCGCCCUACAGAGGUCAUGCUUGUGAGUCAGUGCAAGCUAGAAGAUGUCGUUCAACGCUUCGUUUUCAGUAACUAAUAAGGGUUAUUCAUUGUACCAAACUUCAUGACAGUUUGACAACGCCAUAGAGAAGUACUCCAAAUUGCACACUACACUGGCCAAUGGUAAUGCUUGUAAGUCCUAUUCGGCUAUUCCAUUCUGGUGCAAUAAGACAUUAUAUUUUCA